CGACAACCUCCAAGAGGCUCAAAGCAUUGUGAGUCCUUUGUGAAGCUGGACGAUCGACCUAGGCCUGCUCCGAAGAGAAACUUUCGGUCCUUCUAGGGAGCUAUUUGUUUCACCAUGACUGACAAUAAUGAUUUUUUCGAUUACCCUAACAAUUCGAAACUUCCGUUUCCUGUGGAACAAGGAGAACUACCGGAUAGGGUGAGUACGUGUGGGAGCUCGGUUUUGGUUUUGAAAUGUCCAGUUGACAGGAUGCCAGAUACAGCUUGCAUCACCAAAGUAGUAAUCCCUGAAAGGUUACCUCUUCUGUCGCAUUGUGAAAGCAGACCUCGGCACCGAAGAUUCGCUUGGGUCCGACCUCCUCGUCCCAGCUGGGAUCCAACACUACGAGAAAUGGUAUGCGCCGAAUCCGAGGGAGGCGGUGGCCAGAAACGAUGACGAAGAACAUGUCAAAAGCGGUGGGCGGCGGAGGUGCGCCACUUCUUGGGUUGAGACCGGGAUGGAAAGAAUGACACUCUCGUGUUUGAGACUGGCUGAAGCCCAUUGCUUGCUGCUGUCGGUGCUGGUUCAUGCCAACGUUGUUGGAUGUGUUCAUUUGUAGAUACAGUUCUUCCAUGUAGUUGUUGGCUCACGUGUUUGUGUACACAUUGUACAAGCACUUGCACAAGGUCGGCACGACUGUGCAGUUUCCAAGCUUCGGAUCCUGAUGGCAUUUCGUCAGAUUCACUCUUCCAGUAUACAUAGUGGCUCGAAUGCAUUGAAUGCUCGGAGACUACAAAUCAAACAAAUCAGUUUUGCAUUCAUAAAUAAGAAUGUGCUU